CAAACGAGGUUUUUUUAGGCUUUGAAGAGGGAGAGGCCAAACCAAGGCUUUUCAACAACAACAAAAAAAAAAUAAUAAAGAACCCUCUUCCUUGAAAGCUCAUCAUCUCCUUUUGUAACCCUAAAUAAACAAAACAAAACAAAACAAAAAAAAAACUUACCUUACUGAUCAAUCAAGGAAGAGGAAAAAUUUACAAAAAGAAUUCAUACAUUUAAAGACAAAUACCAAAACGGCCCCUUACAUAUUUUCCCUAAUAAGGGGUUCAAAAGACUAAUAGAAGGGAGAAAAAGACAUAAACGUGUGUGUAUUAAGAGACAAAAGUCAGAGAAAAAAAAAAAGUAGAACUAGCUAGGAUGGCGGAUGACGGGGGAAAGAAGCGGAUUGUGAUUAUAGGAGUGUCAUCCAUCCUUCUGGUGGCAAUGGUCGUCGCCGUCACCGUCGGCGUCGGAAAAGACAACGAAGGUGGCGAUAGCGAGGAGAUCGGGGAUGGCGGCGACAGUAACACCGCCGAGAGCAUAGCCUCCUCGAAGAAAGCAAUCACCGCCAUCUGCCAGCCGGCCGAUUACAAACAGUCAUGCGAGCAGAGCCUUGAGAAAUCGGCCGGGAACGCCACCGACCCCAAGGAGAUUGUCAUGGUCGCUUUCACCAUUGCGCAGAAGAGCAUCAACGAAGCGAUGAAGAAAUCGGACACGCUCAAGGAGCUGGACGGAGAUCCCAGGACUCACGAGGCUCUCGUCACAUGCAAAGAGCUCAUGAACAUGUCCAUUUCCGAGCUUGAGGAUUGUCUCGCCAAGAUGACAGAGAACUUCGAUUUCAACAGAAUAGAUGACUUUAUGGCAGAUCUUACCACGUGGCUUAGUGCGGCGAUGACAUAUCAAGAAACAUGUUUGGAUGGAUUUGUAAAUGUGAGCUCGGUUGCAGGAGCCAAGAUGAAGGAUUUCAUGAACAAAUCGAUGGAACUAACCACCAACGGUCUCGACAUUGUCACUGGGCUCAACUCCCUCUUCUCUUCCUUCCAACCAGACCAGGCCGGCCCAGGACGCCGCCUCCUGAAUGCGGACGGAAGUGUCAUGACGCUCCCUGUCCUCGGACACGGAAACCACCCGUUCCCCAACUGGGUUCCUGAUAGGUUCAGAAGAUUGCUCGAGGACUCCGACGAUGACACAAACAAUAAAGAAAAAGAUAAGGAUGGUAAGGAAGACGGUCACAAGGAAGAUUCUGACGACGAGACUGAAAAGGAGAAGAACAAGGAGAAGGACACUGAUGGUCAUAAAGAAGACUCGGAUGAUUCAACCGAUCAAGAGGAAAAGGAAGAAGCGUCAAGGGGUAAAGUGGACUUCUCCAAGAACCCUGCAGAUAUCGCCGAUGUCGUGGUGGCUGAAGAUGGAAGCGGUGACAGUAAGUCCAUCAAUGAAGGUUUGAAGCUCUUGGAGAAGGCAAAGAAGAAGAAGAAGGAGGACGAGGUCGUUGUGCUCUACGUUAAGGCCGGUACUUAUAAGGAAUAUGUUGAGGUGACUAAGAAUCUCGACAACAUGGCCAUGAUUGGAGAUGGUGCAGAUAAAACUGUCAUCACCGGCGAUAAAAACUUCAUCGAUGGCGUCAGUACUUACCACACCUCCACCGUCGCCAUCACAGCCGACUUCUUCUUCGCCAAGAACAUCCGAAUCGUGAACAGUGCAGGGCCAGAGAAGCACCAGGCUGUCGCCCUCCGGGUCUCCGCCGACUUUGCCAUUUUCUACAAUUGUACAUUCGACGGCUAUCAAGACACGCUGUACACCCACACCAAGCGCCAAUUCUACCGUGACUGCACAAUCUCCGGCACAAUCGACUACAUCUUCGGCGACGCUGCCGUCGUGUUUCAGAAUUGCCUCUUCUUGGUCCGAAAGCCCAUGGAGAAUCAACAGUGCAUCGUCACGGCCCAAGGCCGGAAGCAGCGCCACCAGCCCACGGCCAUCAUCAUCCAGAAUGGAACAAUCACGGCCGCCCCAGAAAUGGAGGCCGACAGGAUGAAGUACAAGACAUAUUUGGGCCGGCCCUGGAAGAAUUUCUCGAGGACAAUAAUUAUGGAGAGUUAUUUAGGUGAUCUGAUUGACCCCGAAGGCUGGAUGCCGUGGAUGGGCACCGUUGGUACCAAGACUUGCUGGUACGGCGAGUUUGGGAACUACGGGCCCGGCGCCGAUCAAAGUAAGAGGGUGACGUGGAAUGGGAUUAAGAAGAUUACCCCGCAGCAUGCGGUGGAUUUCACCCCCGGUCGGUUCCUUCGGGCUAACGAGUGGGUUAAGCCGACGGGGAUUCCGUAUGUUCCAUAUAUGGUGAAGCCGUCGACGACGCGGCGGGUUGACGAAGAGGUGGUUUUUGAGUAAAAUAAAUAAAAGAAAAAGGGUGUUGCCAGUUGUGAACUAGUUUGACAAACAUUUGGGAACAUAUUGGAAGUAACUGUGUUUUUAAUUACCUUGUAAUUGUUUGAUGUAAUUUAAAGUGUUUCUAAUUUUUUUUUUCAAUUUGAUGUGAUUGGAUACUUAACUGACAUUUUUUUUAAUUUUAUGCUUCCUAUGAUCGUUAAAUGACGAUCCAUUUUAAUUUAACUUCACGAUGUUUCAUUCCUGUAAAAAGUUUUUAUCUGGAAAAUUAACUUGUGUGUGUGAGAAUUUUCA